AGGCAUUAUUUUAUUUACUUGUGUUUGAUGCCUGUGUGUAAUGCACUAUAUUUUUCACUUUUAACAAACUACUUAAAAAUACUUCUAUUUUUUUCCUCUUCUAAAGCCAAUGAAGGAGGUUGUACGAUCCCGCACCCCUAUGAAAGAGUCAACAGCUGUGGAGAUCUGGACUCAUCCCCAACCACAGCGGAAAUCCGAGGGAAAAAAGUCAGGAAAGUCCCAGCGGCGUGUCACAUUUCACCUACCAGAAGGCUCUCAGGAAAGCAGCAGUGAUGGUGGACUGGGAGACCAUGACGGGGACAGCCUUCCCAGCACAUCCCAUGCCCUGCCCCUUGGCUAUCCUCAGGAGGAGUACUUUGAUCAUGCUGCGCCCAACAACCGCACUGAAGGAGAUGGUAACUCUGAUCCCGAAUCCACUGCAGAAAUAACUGUUCAACCAACUGUGGAAGAGGCCUCUGACAACUGCACUCAAGAAUGUCUCAUCUUGGGCCAUUCUGAUGCCUGCUGGAUGCCAGCUUCUCUGACCCAUUCCAGCCCUUCACAGGCACAGGCCUCUGCUCUCUGCCACAGCCCACCCCUGACACAGGCCUCUGCUCGCCGCCUCAGCCCUCCGGUGACACAGACCAUUGCUCUCUGCCACAAUCCUCCGGUGACCCAGGCUAUCGCACUGUGCCACAGCCCUCCACCAGCACAGGCCUCUGCUCUCCACCACAGUCCGCCUGCAGCACAGGCUACUGCUCUUCGCCACAGCCCUCCACCAGCACAGGCCUCAGUCCUCCGCUACAGCCCUCCUCUGCCACAGGCUGCUGCCCUCUAUCGCAGCCCUGCACAGCCACCAAUGGGUUUGCAGCAAGGUUGGGGGCAAGGUGCUGGACCUGAGGGACUGCUUUCUCUUGAUCAAGGAGUGCAAGGUAGUACAAGAUCCCAGUUUUACACCAUGUCUGAAAGACUUCAUCCUAGUGACGAUUCAAUUAAAGUCAUUCCCUUGACAACUUUCACUCCAGGCCAACAAGCCAAAUCCUCUCGGGGUGAUUCCCCUAUUAUGAAAGAACAUCCUUUAUAAAGCUAAACAGCUAAUUCACAUUUUCCAACAGGAUGUAUAUAAUCAAAGUUUAAGAUCCAGUUUCAAUGAAUAUUCCAAAUUGUUAGGUUUGUAAAUAGCUAUGUAAAUAGAAACAGAUACCAGAAUAAAGUCUAGAGCUAGACCCUUAGUCAAAAGUUAAAAAUAAAUUUACAAUUUGUUUAAUUCAGAAUGUAAAUUAAAAAAUAAAAGAAAUGAAAAAAAUUUACACCCCUUUGUACAGAAAGGCUUAUCAUGACAGAUAUUAAUGUGUACUGUAUAUUAUUU